AAGGAAGCCUUGCUGUCUAUAUGCUGAUGUUGCCGAACUGUCUGCUAUCCAACGACGUGAUUUCUCCUUUUAUCCGACAAUCGCGGAGCCGCAGAAUGAACUCCCAAUAUGCCACAAUUGUUGACAAUCCCAACUUUGACCCGGCCAUGUACGCCGAUAAGCUCGGUCAUGCUCUAAAAGCUGGCGACAAGGAUGCUAUUGUCAAAGUGUUGACCUCGAUCAGCAACAGGCAGCGUCAAAUGAUGCGCGAGCCCUACAGGAUUAAUUACGGUAAGGACAUCAUCGCAGCGCUCGACAAGAAAUUGGGCGGAGAUCUCAAGAAAACUGUGCUUGCACUUAUGGACACUCCCCUAGACUAUGACGUCAAACAGCUGAAAGCAGCUAUGAAGGGCCCUGGCACAGACGAAGCAGUACUGAUUGAAAUACUCUGUUCUCGCACUCCUGACCAGUUGGCUGCUAUUCGAGUUGCUUAUGAGCACGAGUACAAGACACCAUUAGAGAAAGAUAUAGCAGACGAUACAUCUGGAGAAUUCAAAGACUUGUUAGUGGCACUAGCUACAGGAAGCAAGGACAAAAGCCGCGAUACUAAUGACGAGCAGGCUAAAGAAGUAUAA